AGCGAUUGCAUUCAGCCUUCGCACGGUUAUCCAACGGGCGAUGGUGAAGAAAGGUCGUACUCAAGUCGUGGGACCAGCUACCAACGACUUGUAAGUUUAUCUUUUUUUUUGUUUUUUUAUUUAAAAAAAAGUUCUAAAUAAAUAUCGAUUAGAAACGGACGGUCGUGACGACAUGCUGCAGUUGGUGGUUUGCCGUCUUGUACUUCGAGCCCUCGCUGACAUGCUGCAGUUGGUGGUUUGCCGUCUUGUACUUCAAGCCCUCGCUGACAUGCUGCAGUUGGUGGUUUGCCGUCUUGUACUUCGAGCCCUCGCUGACAUGCUGCAGUUCCUGCAGUGAGAGGAAGGGAGGUUGUUGUUGUUCUUGUUUUAUGUAUGGAUAUGGUCAAGGAGGAUGAAAUGGUAUUCAUGAAUGUUGUUGCGCUUUCAAACAAAUAUCUCAUAACGUCGGAGCAUCAAUCGUCCAUUUGGGUCAAGUAUUUAAUACUUAAAAAGUAUAAGAUCCUGACUAUUAUUUUACUCCAAACUUGAGAUUUAUUUCUCAUAUUUGUGAAACGUAUUGUGCAAAUAUGAAAUAUAGUGACGCCACCACAUCGGACUUUCGUCGCGCUUCCAUAGAAAUAAUUACCAGUCACCGCCGCAAAAGCAGGAUACACAUCCACAGCUAGAAAUGAUAGGCCACUAAAGAAAUAGUGUGGUCAGCAUAAUAUACAACCGUGAGACGUUACAAUGGUGUCAGAAUAAAACGUAUGUUUAUGCUAAAUUACUAAAUAAUAAAAUACUAAAAUUAUGAUAAAAAAAUUAAACAAAUUAAUACGAACAUAAUAAAAACAACAAACCAUUGCAUAGCCAAAGAACUAAACAAACUCUCUGUAUGAAGGUGAGUUUCGUUCACGGGUUUUUUCUACUUCAUUUUUUUCUCUUUUUUUAGUCUGAAUAUUCAAAAUGCGUGGGUUUUUUUUGUUUUUUUGGGCAAUAUGUUUUAAUUUUUAAAAAAUUUCAUAUCCACAUACUCUAAAAAGACUCAAAAUGCAAAAGUAUCUUUCCUAUUUAACCCCCCCCCCCUUCCCACCCCUUUAAAACAAAAUCCCCAAAUCUCCUCAAAUCUUCCAGACAAUAAUUUUGAUUUCAAGUCUCCAAGGUAAGUUUUCUUUUAAUCGGCUGAUCAGGAGCACAGGAACCCAUGACGACAUUUGCGUGUUUAUUAUAGUUGCCGUGAAUUAGGGUUCGGGUUAGGUAGAGGGAUAGAUUUAGGGUUCAGGUUAGGCAUAGGGAUCGAUUUAGGGAUAGGUUUAGUGACAGUAUUAACUGGUUGUGUCCACCAAGAUGGCGGCCAUCGCGGAUACUAUUCUCCUGAUUUACCUUUUAAUCUUUUUAUUAAUAACAACAACAACAAAAAGACAAAAAAAACAUGUUAUGUUCUUGCACAUUAAGCCAAAGCCUAAAACACUGUUAACCUGUCCAUCUUGGAAUAAGUCAAUGUUUUUUGUUGUAUUUUAAGUGUCCAAACUCAAGUUAUCCCGCAUUUCUGUUUCAAAGACCCACGGUGGAAAAAGGCUCAACGAUCGCCUACGGUCUGGCCGGAAACGACAAGUUCACGGUGACCGUGGUCAUGAGGACGUCCGCUGAUGGGACAGCCACGUACAACGCCCUGCCCGUGUACGCCUGGGGGACCAUCUACUACGUCAUCACUGGAACGUGAGCGGUUGCUUCCUUUUUUUUUAUGGCUGAAAUUUUCUUUUUAUAGAUUAAAAGAUUACCAUGAGGGGGGGGGGUGCAGUGUCGUAGCUAGGGGUUGUGCUGCCUGUGGUGGACAAAAAUUGUUGCUGUCCCUUUACAAAAAAUGUCUGCACUUUGCCCCCAAAAUUCCGCCCAUUGUGUUAAGAGAAAAGUGCCGCCCGGGUUGGACAAUUCCCUCCGCACUACCAUUCCGACGCCACUGAGUGAAGCAUUUUUCAGAUUUCCCAUAUUAUACGGUAGAGAUGGUGAAGGCAUAUUUUUUUUUGUGAGGUCCCUAUAAGUCGGAUCUAUUUAUUUAACCUGCGUUUUGGGUAAGAUAUGUGUGUGGGAGGGUGUGUGUCGGAUGGUCUUAAGGGUAAAACGGCUACCAACGUGGUGAGAUAAUAUAACGCAGAGUUUCUCAAACUCGCGGCCCGCGGGGCAUUUGCGGCCCUGCAAGACGAUACUGUGCGGCCCACUACAUGACACCAAGGUUUAGUGUUAAUGCGGCCCGCGCGUUUUCCCCAUGCUCAUAUCUAUAGUGUGACCGUACGCGACGGUUUCAGUCGAAUCUCACCGACUGGUGAUUCUGUUUAUCAUAGAGCUGGACGUUGAGUGUAAUGGUUUCAUAAACGUUUUAAAAGUUGGAUUAAUAGUUUUUUUUUCUUUUAUUGCAAUUAAUGAGACAAACAUGGCCGAAAUGCGGUUUUGAGAAAAGUUUAAAAAGUCAGUUAGUGGGUAGUGCACAACAAUAAUUGUGUUAAUUGUAGCAAUCUGACACAGUGUCAAAGGAUCCCUAGAAAAAAAAACUGCCGCUAUUGUUUACAAUUGAGGGAAAUUCCGAGCCUUCCAGUUUGGUCACUUACAAAAAAAAAAUUGUUAAAAGGAUGCGGCUAUUCGGACCCGUUGAGAGUUUGGGUUUAUUAAAAAAUGUUUUAAAAUUAUUGUAGGGUUUGUAAGACAAAAUUUUGUAUCAAAUGAAAGAUAAUUGAAUGGGCUAUAUGUUUGUAAACUUACUUCUUCUGUUGAACUAAAAUAAACUACCACAACUGACACCCGAAUAGAAUUUAGUCAAAAUGGAACAGGAAACGCAUCCCGCUAUUCGGACCCGGGUCCCAUUAGACUCAAGGGCGUUGGAUGUCAUUUGUGGUAGUUUAUUUUAGUUUAACUGAAGAAGUAAGUCUACAUAAACAUAUAGUCCAUUCAAUUAUCUUUCAUUUGAUACCAAAUUUUGUCUUACAACCUAACAAUACUAUUUUAUUUUAAAUUUUAAUCCCAACCUCUCACUUCGUGGACCCGGGUCCGAAUAGCCACUUCGUUGUUAAAAAGACCUUUUCUACGAUUAAAAAUCAAAAUGUAUUCUCCCUACAAUAACAUCUCCCUUCGCAUACAUAAUUCAUAAAUAUUUCCUGCUCCUGCCUACUGUUUGAACAUGUUUUAGCAUUUGAAGCCUUCAUGGAGAAUGAUGGGAUGGUUGUUCCUGUUCUAAGUGAUUCCCGAAUGGCUAAUGGAGUUGGCUUUUCUUGCUGACAUUACACAGCAGCUGAAUGUACUCAACAAGAAGUUUCAAGACCAGGGGCAGAUUAUAAGUGUUGCCUUAAACAGUGUCAGGGCAUUCCGCACAAAACUUGUGUUAUAGUUCUUAGAGAAACCGCUCCCAUUUUCAAAACAUGAAAAGUACUCAUGGACUCGGGCAGACCAUUCAGUACUAAAUAUACUGAUGCCAUUGCAAAGACACAGGAAGAAUUGGAUCACAUGUUUGCAGAAUUCAAAACACGCAGAGCCACUUUUUCAAAUUUUCGCUGACUCUUCCUCCUUCAAUGUGGAACAUGCCCAACUCUCUUGCGCUUUAAAUGGAGCAGAUUGAUUUUCACUGCAAUUAUGAACUCAAUGAUAAGUUCAUGGAGGGAAAUGGAAAACAGCCAAGCAUGGACUAUUUAUGAGAGCAAUGCACCUCCAGUUUCCUUGGGAUUCCCAGGUUAUUAAAGUGGACCACGUGCUUUUUUUGCGGGAAAAGCUCUUUUUUGACUGUGAACUUUAACACGUCAAAUUUCAAGGCCAACUUUACUGAUGAGCAUCUUCAGGCUAUGCUGAGGGUUUCAAUUGCUUCCUCGCUCAACAAAAAUGUUGCUAAACUGAGUAAGAAGAAGAGCUGCCAGGUCUCUGGCAACAAUGAGAAGUAGGAAGGAUGUGAAGUUAAGUUCUUGAGAACCCUUAAUGGUUUUACUUUGUUAUUACUAAAGGUUGAGCACCAUUGUAACAGGUGUACUUUAGUGAAUUGGUAAUCGCUUUUUUUGUGGGUUGAAUACUUGAUUACGACCCAGUCUAAUCAGACUCUACCUCCUGUGCCCCCCGGAUGAUCUGAGUUUGAGAUCACUGAAUAAUCGGACAAAUAGGGGACCACAGUUCGAAAAACUCCAAGAUGCAUAUUUCUAAUUUCCUCUGUGGGAUUUUGUAAAUUUAGGGCUUAAAAAUGAAUUACUACAUUCGUACAUUUCAUCCUUUACCGAUAUCACUGUUACUGUUGCAACUUGUUUUGGCCCGAGAGGUUACCUCGAUCAAUAUAAUUUAAGGUGUUAACUACUAGUUAUUUUUUUUACAACUGUAAUAAUACGAAGUCUUAAAUUUCACGUAUCACUUAUUUAUUUAUAUAGUUAUUUGUAUGCAAAACUACACAGAAUAAGGUCCAUAUCUGAUGUAUAGUUGAAUUAUGUGUACAUACAGCUAUGUCAUAAUACACACAUUUCUUUUUACAGCAUAACACGAGCCCCAAUCUCCCCAGAUAGUUUUCUUUAUUCCGAACAAUAUGGCCCGCUCUGCGAGUUACUCGCUAUCUAUUUUUUUUUUAUCUCUGCGUAUCUCUACAUUGACAUGAAAUAGUGGUGUUCACCCCACAUUCAAGUUAAAUCAAAUAUCAUCAUGCUACCAAUCAAAUAUUUCUUGUUACAAUCGAGCACAGGUCUAUGCCGUUCGUGCUGAUCACGACUGUCGAGGAAAAUACCGUCACGCUGUGGCUUUCGGGUUCCAAAGGGAUGCCCGUGGAGUUUAAGUUGGAAGGAGUCAUCUACAAACCAUACGACAAGUUGGAGCAAAAGCUUAAAAUGUAAGCCUAAAGAAAAAAAGCAGACGUUAAAAUUGGACGUUAAAAUUAGACAUUAAACUUAGAAGUUAAAAUGAGACGCUAAAAUUAGACGUUUAUAGCAGACUUUCCAAGCAGAUUUUAAAAGUAGACGUUAAAAAGUAAGUAGACGUUAUACCUGGAUAUUAAAAGUAGACAUUAAAACCAAUUCUUAAAAAUAGACUUUAAAUUAGAUGGUAAAAGUAGAAGUAAAAUGUAGGCGUUAGAAGUGGACGUUAAACGUAGAUGUCAAAAAUAGAAGUUUAAAGCAGAAGUUACAAGGUAGACGUUAAAAAGCGGACGUUAAACGUAAAUUAAUGUUUAAAGUUAGAAGCAGACGUUAAAAUUAGACGUAUAAAGGUAACUUUAAAUGGUGACUUAAAAAGCAGACGUUAAAAAUAAAUGCCAAAAGUAGACGUUAAAAGCCGACUUUAAAAUUAGACGUUAAAGGCGGACGUUAAAAGCAGAUGUUAAAAGCAGACGUUAAAAGCAGACGCUAAAAGCAGACGAUAAAAGCAGAUGUUAAAAGCAGACGUUAAAAGCAGCCGUUAAAAGCAGAUGUUAAAAGCAGAUGUUAAAAGCAGAUGUUAAUAGCAGACGUUAAAAGCAGAUGUUAAAAGCAGACGUUAAAAGCAGAUGUUAAAAGCAGACGUUAAAAGCAGACGUUAAAAGCAGAUGUUAAAAGCAGACGUUAAAAGCAGCAGUUAAAAGCAGAUGUUAAAAGUAGAUAUAAAGCAGACGUUAAAAGCAGCCGUUAAAAGCAGAUGUUAAAAGCAGACAUUAAAAGCAGAUGUUAAAAGCAGACGUUGAAAGCAGACGUUGAAAGCAGACGUUAAAAGCAGACGUUGAAAGCAGACGUUAAAAGCAGCCGUUAAAGCAGAUGUUAAAAGCAGACGUUAAAAGCAGACGUUAAAAGCAGAUGUUAAAGCAGACGUUAAAAGCAGACGUUAAAAGCAGACGUUAAAAGCAGACGUUAAAAGCAGAUGUUAAAAGCAGUUGUUAAAAGCAGACGUUAAAAGCAGACGUGAAAAGCAGCCGUUAAAAGCAGACGUUAAAAGCAGAUGUUAAAAGCAGAUGUUAAAAGCAGACGUUAAAAGCAGACGUUAAAAGCAGCCGUUAAAAGCAGACGUUAAAAGCAGACGUUAAAAGCAGAUGUUAAAAGCAGACGUUAAAAGCAGACGUUAAACGCAGACGUUAAAAGCAGACGUUAAAAGCAGAUGUUAAAAGCAGAUGUUAAAAGCAGACGUUAAAAGCAGACGUUAAAAGCAGACGUUAAAAGCAGACGUUAAAAGCAGACGUUAUAAGCAGGCGUUAAAAGCAGAUGUUAAAAGCAGACGUUAAAAGCAGGCGUUAAAAGCAGCCGUUAAAAGCAGACGUUAAAAGCAGACGUUAAAAGCAGAUGUUAAAAGCAGAUGUUAAAAGCAGACGUUAAAAGCAGCCGUUAAAAGCAGAUGUUAAAAGCAGACGUUAAAAGCAGCCGUUAAAAGCAGACGCUAAAAGCAGACGCUAAAAGCAGACGAUAAAAGCAGAUGUUAAAAGCAGACGUUAAAAGCAGACGUUAAAAGCAGCCGUUAAAAGCAGACGUUGAAAGCAGACGUUAAAAGCAGACGUUAAAAGCCUACAUUAAAAGCAGACUUUAAAAUUAGAUGUUAAGCGUCGACGUUAAAAGCAGACGUUAAAAGUAGACGUUAAAAAAUAGAUGUUAAAAUUAGUUUUUAAAAGUAGUUUUACAAAAAAAUAAAAGAAUUGAUUGAAAAGUAAAGAUUGUAAAAAAAAAUGGAUUGAAAAGUAAAAGGUACACCAGAAAGAAAAACAACGAUUCCAAGAUCUGAUUGAAAACAUUUUUAAUGACUUUGCUUGGCGUCUUUCAGGCUGGAGACCUUUGUAAUUUCCAAAUGUUCAGGCGAUGAAGCUGUUGAUAAUCUUCAUAGUAUUUUGGACGGUAAGCUUGUUGUUGAGCGAGUACGUCCUGUAAAAGAAUCUAUACGGGACCAAGAGUAUCAGAUACAAUUCGAUUUAGAAAUUGCGAUGAGUGAAUGUUGUCAAAAGACAAUUUGAUGAGGGAAUUUUUUACAAAUUCAAAGAAAAGGGUUAAUUUGUUGAGCAGUUGUUUACAAAAGCCAAUUAGAUGAGGAAAUAUAUAUAAUAAUUGUUUUUAAUGGCGUCAGGCAAAAAGAUUCACAUUUUAAUGCUAUUCUGAAAGGUCGUGUAAUAUUUGAAUUGUACUGUUUAUUCUCACCAGGCGCCAAGGUCAUCGCCGAGAAGCCAGUUGGGGUCACCUCCGGAAAUUGCCGGACAGUUGUAAACGGAAUUAAGUGUCCGGAGCCUCUAAAAAGGCCUGACAUGAUGGCAGGUUAGCUCUAAUUUUUGUGUGGUAACUUUAUGUUUAAGUUAUAAGUGAUUAAUCUAGAUAUAUUACAACAAAUGUGUUCCCAUUCAGCUAUAUAGAGAUAACAUAAAUAGAGACAUCUUAUGUUAAUAGAUUCUUCACACAAAGCCACAACUCAUAAUUUAUACAUCUCAUUCCUAAAUACACUUAAUAAGAUGACAGGAAAAAUGUCCAAGCGAGAUAAGUCCUACUAGAGCAGCGGUUCUCAACCCGUGGGUUGCGACCCCUAGGGGUCGCAUAAGACCAUCGGAAAACACAUAGUCAUGAUGUAGCAACUAAAAUAAUUUUAUGGUUGGGGAUCGCAUCAACACGAAGAAAUUUAUUAAAAUUUCGCGGAAUCGGGAAGGUUUCCAACCUCUGUACUAAAGGAUGGUUUAUCAACAUCUACAAUUUCUUAGAAAUAGGACAAGCGCGAUGGGCAAGAUAUGUCACGAGAGAGCCAGUGAGCAGGCUGCCCACAAUACUAAUGCACGGCAAACUUUCCAGAGGGAAAGCAGGUGGACAAUGAGGGGAAAAAGAAAGCUUUAAAGAUUGUCUAAAAAAUGUCCUUUAAAUCCAUGGUCAUUGACAUGAGAUUAUGGGAAACACUUGCUAGGAAUCGCGCCAGCUGGUGAGGCAGACUCACUGCGCACAACGAGUUAAAGCAAAGACGGCUCCAAGCCCACCAGGAUCCUACACACAGGAUGUAUCUGUCCUACAUGCGGGCCAGCUUUUUUAGGCACUAAGAGGACAGUUAUGCCACCUUUUUAAAUUUAGCCUUGGUCCUCUUGGCACGCAGCUCCCGAACGACGAAGAUAAAUUUAAUUAUGCUCAUAGACACGCCUUGCUAUAGACAUACCAUUUUAUAGACACACCAUGCUAUAGACACACCAUGCUGUAGACCACCAUGAUAUAGACCCACCAUGCUAUAGACACACCAUGCUGUAGACCACCAUGAUAUAGACCCACCAUGAUAUAGACACACCAUGCUGUAGACCACCAUGAUAUAGACCCACCAUGCUAUAGACACACCAUGCUAUAGACCCACCAUGCUAUAGACCCACCAUGCUAUAGACACCUUAUGCCUUAGACCACUGGUCGGAAAACUCCUUAGUCAAAAGAGCCAAAAAUCAGCAGCAGGGCGAUUUAAAAAAAAAUUCGGCGUCAAAUUUCUUUUCAAGAACCUGUCAAGACACGUGUUUAUCGGAGUCCAACCAGAUUUGUGGCCGACUGGCCGAGCCACACUCAAGUCCCUAAAGAGCCACAUGCGACUCGCGAGCCGCGGCGCUUUGCCGACCUCCGCCUUAGACAACUCUGAAUACAGACAUCUCAUGCUGUAGAGCACUUAUGAUCAAAAGAAAUACUGGAGGAAAAAAAUACCAAGAACUGAUCAGGUUGAGACUUAAUUUACUUAACGUUAGGAAUUUAAAAACAAAAGAACAAUCGUUCCGUUAUGAAUCUGUUGAUCAACGCUCAUACAUAACUAACCUCAACCAUCUCCCCCCCCCCCCUUCAACCACCAGAAAUGAUGCUACCUGUAGAUGAGUACAGGCGGAGGAUGAUCUUACCCAACAUUCCUAAUCGCAAGAUUCCGGCGGAGAUGGUUGUUGUGUCACCCUGGCCUAAUACAAAGUUCUUCGUCAGCAGUGAAUCGGAGAUCGAGAGAUACGUCACGAGUUCAGGCCAAGUGGUCAAGGUGGGCAAGUUUGUGUAAAGGUGAACUCGUUUUGGUUUUACCGGCACUGAAUCCGUGACAUAAUAGAAUUGAUGACAGAUGACUUUUAUCAGAUGACUUUUCUCAGACGAGCUCUCUCAGAUGAGUUCGCUCAGGUCACUUUACACAGAUGACUUCUCUCGGAUGACUUUUCUCAGAUGACUUCUCUCAGAUGACUUUUCUCAGAUGACUUUUCUCAGAUGAAUUCUCUCAGAUGACUUUUCUGAGAUGACUUUUCUCAGAUGACUUUUCUAAAACCCUCUACAAAGAUACUCCCGUUGAGACAUUACACUAUGCGCGCCGGCCCCCCAAACACUGUCAGGGGCGUGGGACUCCGUGUGAGCGAUUACAAGGCCGGGCGACAGAAUCAGGGGCGGGUUGCUUUUCGUAAGUGCCUUGCAAAACAAACAAAAAACUAAACCAAAAAAAAAAAAAACCAAAACAAUAUAUAUAAAUAUAUUUAUUUGUUGUUUGUUGCUCGUCCGUCGUCCCAGCGCAGUCCGGAUUUUUAUCUGUUGCUUAAAUUCCAGCAAGUUAAUAAAAUCGAAUGCAUAAAAUAGUUGCUUGUAUAUGUUGUUGUUGUUUGCAUUUGCAGAAUCCAUACCACGCUGGGAAUUUCUACAUCAGAGGUGAUAAAGGCAUCUUGACACUUUACACCCAGACUUCCACGUGCCGGAUUAACUAUGAGGAACCGAUGGGCGCCGCGCCCAACCUCUGCAUCGUCAUACCGACCAGCCUGUUCUACUACAGAUACUUCUGGAGGUCUGUGCUCACAAUCGUAAAUGGACAUGAAAAGUUGUUGUUGUUUUUUUUCUUUUAAAUUAAAAUAUAUGACUAUUCAUAAAGUAUAUCUUUCAUUAAAACUAAUGGUUUUUAGUUUAACUGGUAUCUUAUUUAAAAAUCAAGUCAGAAUUACUACUUUUACCGAUCCCGUUUAUAUCAUAGAGUUCGUUUUCGAACAAUUCGAAUCAAUUUAACUGUGAUGAAUUAUAAUUGAUUACAUAUUUCCCAUUUUCCUAAUUUUCUCAACAAUUUAAAUAAUAAUUAUUUUGUUUGUUUCUUUUUUUUUUGUGUUUUUUUUUUUUUUUUUGGGGUGGUUUUUUUUCUUUAUUUGUUUAAAAUUUUUUUUUUUAAUUUUAAAUUAUUUCAUUAAUCAAGUUUCCCGCCCCUUACCCCAAACAGGACACCAGAUCUUCAAACGAUGGACUUUAUCUUGAUCGUUGCUAGGAAAAAGGACAGGAAAUAUUUAAUCUGGGAUGACAAGCCUCUUAAUCUUACGUAAGCAGCAGUUGUUAAUACAGAGUGCGUGUAAGUGAGAGAAUGGAAUAAUAUGGGUUAAUUGGGGGAGGAGGGGGGGGGAGAGAAAGCGAUAAAGUUUUUGUAGAAGAAAAAAAACACCAAAUGUAGAGAAUAAGGUUCUUUCUUAACUUUGAGGAAAAGUCAACACAAGACAAUAAAAGUCAACACAAGACAACAAAAGUCAACACAAAACAACCAAAGUCAACACAAGACAACUAAAGUCAUACAAGACAACAAAAGUCAACACAAGACAACAAAUGUCAACACAAGACAAAAAAGUCAACACAAGACAACAAAUGUCAACACAAGACAAAAAAAGUCAACACAAGAAAACAAAAGUCAACACAAGACAGCAAAAGUCAACACAAGACAACAAAAGUCAAAACGAAACAACUAUAGUCACCGUUAUCUCUCUCGACCAUCUCUUUGCCUGGGGGCUGUUUUCAUCGACGCCACAGACAUGGCGUAUCUGACGGAGGCGAAUGUCGAAUCUGAACUCCCCGGCCCGUGGGACGACGCGGUGCUACCCCCCCCCCACCGGUGUUCAGAACAGCCUCUGAAAUGCUUGGCGAUUGCUAACUAGCUAACGCACAUAUUCUGGUGAGGGUCUGAGAUUAAUCUCUUACGACUCCGGCCAGUACAUUGGCAACCAGCUCCAUCUGCUGAGCUGAGCCAUUUAAUAUUCUCCUCACAUUGGGCUCCCCCGACUCCCUGGCUUUCCCCCUUAAACGUCUAGUUAGGGACAUAGGGUCGACAGAUGCCCUAGUGUUUCUGGGACCAGGCUGUCAUGCCAACUAGGUAUGGUCCUUGUUAUGAACUAGCCUGUUGAAGUACGUGCCCAUGACAGUGUUGAGUUCGCCUCUGUGACACUCUGUGACUCUGCGCUUUGCGAUUGCUAUGUAGAACGACCAAUCCAUUUGAUCUUUCCAGGCUAGGUUGGGAGGAAGUCUACGGCGCGCCAAUGUACGCGGUCGGCAACAAGAAGGUUGUUAAAGGUCAUCACGUGCUGGUCUCGACGAGAAUGUAUACCUUCGCAUGCUACGUGUACGGCUUCGGUAGGAACAACUCGUACAUGCACUCGGCCGGGUUCCAAGUAAGUGAAAUACAAAUUCUAGCCUACGGUUGGGUUGGAAUUCAAGUGAGUGAGACAACAUGUUUAAACUUGUGAUUGGCUGGAAUUUAAGUAAAAUAAGCGGUUUGAAAUUGUGAUUGGCUGGAAUUCUAUUUAAAUAGCGUUUUGGACUAGCGAUAGGUUAGAAUACAAGGAGGUUAAAUAACUGUUCUGACACAUAUCAAUUUGUAAACAUAUUCUUUAAAUUAAAAAAAAAAAACUCCUGAAACAAAUAAUAAAAAGAAUUUAAAAUGUACUCAAAAUUGUUUCUUGUUUUCAUUAUGAAUGAUCAUCCAAAAACCAAAUACAAGUUUGUGAACUUUUUUUUCAAAUCUUCUUUCCAAGGAGUGUGGCCUGGGCCCCGACUCGGACACCAAGGAUGAUCUCAUCGACAACGAUUGCGAUGGACAAGUCGAUGAAGAGAUGAAGGAUAAUAUAGGUACAGCUGUUUUGUUACUGUCCAGUUGUUAUGCUGUUUCGAAGAUAAAGUUGAGAAGGCAGACUUAAAAAUGAAAAAAAGAUCCGUCUCAGCUAUUUGAGGCUACGCUAUGAAAGCUCGGGGUUAAAGGUCAGAUGAUCGACACAGAAAGCAAAAUACACAAGGUCCAAAAAUCAAAGGGACAAACGAUCUGUUUAUCAAAAACUGAACAAAGAUCCACUGACCGCAAAAGCUUACCCAAAAUGAAGUAGAAGCACAGCUCGAAGCAUCGCACGAGGAAGUAAACGGGGAAAACAACAGAAAUGAACAGAGGGAUAGGGUGGAAAAAAUUCUGUGAAAAUAUCAGCAGAAAAAGUGGUAGGAUUCCAGCAAAAAAACAGUGGAGUAGGCUGGUUUGAUAGUGAUUGUAGAGAGACUGUCGAGAAAAGAUACGAGGCGCGAAUGACCAUGAUACAAAGGGAAAUCAGAAAAACGAGACAAAUAUAUCAUAAAGCAAGAAAGAAAGCCACGAAAAUGUGUAGGACGAAAAAAAAAAAGGUAAAUGUAAAAAGCUGAACUAAAAGAAAUAGAAGACUCAUCAAGAGUGAUACAUAUUAGAGAAAUGUGCAUGGAGAUAAAAAGUGAAAAGAAUGGAAACCCGACUAGACCUCAAAUGUGUGAGAGCAUUGAUGGAGAAUUAAGUACGGAACAUAGUAAAGUACUGGAGUGGCGGGCUGAAUAUAUCGAGGUCAUACUAAUUGCCGACAACUAAGAAGAUGAAAUUUAUCAACCAUCACAUGGGGUCCAGACCAUUUCUUAAAAUCCCCAUAUUUGGAAGAUACUACAGAAGUAAUACAUUCGAUGAAAAAAAACAACAUAAUGUCCAUUGAGAAGAACUCAUCACAGCAGAACAUAUUUAAUAUGGCGGUAGAUAACUUCAAUUACAAGUUGGCAAGAAGAGAAUAUUCCAACAGAAUGGGAAACAGCAUUAAUAACCCUCAAUACCCAAAAAAAGGGUUCCAAACUUCAAUGCACUACAGAGGAAUUCUCCUAAACAAUGUUGCAAACGAAAUACUGACAAAACUAAUUGCCAAAAAGCCUUCAACGGUAAUUGCCAAAAAGCCUACAACGGUACACUUAACAAAUUCUAGGUGACUCACUACCGAUGUAGAUUAAGGCAAAAAAAACUCCACAAAAAAACGACUGAUCAGAUUUUUCAACAUCAGUCGCCUAUUAGAGAAAUGUUACGAAUAUAAUAACCCUAAUACAUAAACUCAAUGUGGACUAUUAAAUGGCCUUUUAAAAGUAUAAUUGGUGAUUUAGCUAUCUAUAAUAGCUAAAAACUAUGACUAAUGCAAUUGACGAAGAUACCGUGCAACAGUACCGCAGUACCAGGUUACUAACUAUGUUUCAUUAGAUGGACCUACUCUUCUAUAUUUAUAUAUAUAUAUAUAUAUAUAUAUAUAUAUAUAUAUGAUAAGAAAAAAAGAACUGCUGACUUAAUUGUAAAUGUUAUAAGGCCCUAGAGAAGGGGUAGAAAUGACGAAGAUAUCGCGCAACAGUACCGCAGUACCAGAUUACUAAAUAUGUUUCAUUAGAUAGACCUACUCUUCUAUAUAUAUAUAUAUAUAUAUAUAUAUAUAUAUAUAUAUAUAUGAUAAGAAAAAAGGAACUGCUGACUUAAUUGUAAAUGUUAUAAGGCCCUAGAGAAGGGGUAGAAAGACUUAUUUCUCAGUUUUCCCAUACUUUGUAUCACUCAUUUCCAUGAAUAAAUUGUAACCCUACAAACUCUUGACUUGAAACUGCACCUGAAUCGACGUCGUAAUUCUCUAUUUACUGCAACUCUAACACCGCUAAAUCAACAGAUAACGAUGGCGAUGGAUUUAUUGAUGAAGACCUAAACUCCAAAUUCAGUAAGUUUUUUUGUCCUUGAUUUUCCGAUACUCUCUCUCUCUCUCGCCUAGUCUUAAGUUUGCCGUAAUUUGCGGAAUGUGUGUGAGAGAAUGAAGAGGCCAUUUGAAAACACAUGCGUGUGUGGGUGUGUUGGGCAGAGGCGUAGCGGGAGUGUUUGGCGCCCGGGGGACAAGAUUCGCGCCCGGGGACAAGAUCCAUUUUAAAGCGCCAACCUUUUCUUUUUUCAACUCUCAAACCCAUUGUUUUUUACCAAUAAUAUAAUAUUAAAGCAUAUUUUGGCGCCCCUAACUAGCUUGCGCCCUCGCUACGCCUCUGGUGUUGGGUAAGGAAAAGGGUGGGGGCGGUGAACCUAAACACCUCAGAGUGUGAACCAACAGGACUAAACUUACUGGACUUAAUACGAAGAUUUAGUGUCUUUAAAAAAUGAUACCACUGAACAUAAAGAUUUUUUUAUUUUAUAUUUUUUUAAAUUAAGAAUUUAAAUAUUUUAAAAUCCACUCUAUUAUAGUACCUAGCAAACACUACUACCUGCUGCUGUUUCUAGGGAUGAUUGUCGUUUACAUCGUGCUGUUUAUCAUAGUGUAAGUAUUGCAAUGUCAUACCUUUAUAUACUUAAGAAUGUUGUAUUCAAAUGUCAUCUAUAGUAAGAGAUGGUCGUAAAUUGAAGAAAAAAAAUCUUUUUUUUUUUAAAAAUGACAUGUCUUAAGAUGUCAUUGUCAAAAAUAUCAUGUUUGUGUGUCAUAUAUCCAACCCUCCUGUCCGAACUAACAUUGAUCAAACUGCCUUGCUUGAUUGUAAUGUUUUACGCUGCCUUGCUUGGUUGUCCUGUCGUGCUAGAUAUUCAUGUAUCAAACUGUAGUGUCUGAUUGUCAUGUGUCAAACUGUAGGGCUAGAUUGUCCUUUAUCAAGAUAUCUUGCUUGAUUGUAAUGUAUUAACAUCUCGUGCUGCUAGACUGUCAUGUAACAAACUGUCAAAUGCAAAUGAAGAACAAGACAUUUCAAUUCAAGGAUUUUUAAGUAUCCGACAUUUUGACGUGUAAAAAAAAAAGUCUUCUAAUAAAUUAUGUUUGUUGGGUGUCUAAAUAAAAGCAUUUUGAAGAUAUUAUUUGCGUAGUUUCACACAAUACCAAAUUUUGGUCAAUGAAAAGUUCUAUUGCUGUCAGUGGCUUCACUGUGAUGUUUCUGUUUAUGUUCUUACACUAUUCACCUCCUUUUAAGCGAACGAUUGCACGCGCAAAGAACACCGUGUGAACAAUCUUAUCUUACACUUUAUGAAGCCCAAAAAACCAAUCUAUGAACUAUUAGUAACAUAAGAGUGUCUACGAAAAUAAUUUUUUUGUUCUUGUUCAAACCCUUAAAGUCAAUAAAUAGUGACGCGAGAUGUCUUUAGGCUUGACGAAAGGGCAUGGCUUUCAUGUGAUCUUUCAAUAUGCAAGAGCAAUAUGUUUUUUCCAUUCGUUAUGUGACUGUUUAUAACUCACACUUUUCACACAAGACGUUUUUAUGACAUAAUAUUCCAUUACCCUUUUCUGUCUCUUGUUUUUCUCUCUCUCCCACUCCCUCUCUCUCUCCCUCUACCUCUAUCCCACCACCCUCUUCUUCAUUACCCCUUUCACUUCCUCAGGAAGAAGAGUGGCAUCAUCAAGAGGAAGAAGAAGACCGACACACCCCCGGUGGAGGAGGAGGAGGAGGCAAAGAAUGAGGACGCGCAAUUGUCAGAGUCCGAAAUGUUAAAGGAGGUGGACCCCGUGGCCGGUUCCGAAGUCGAUUCCGGAAGCGCGUCCGGAAGAGGGUCCGACCACCUGGGGAACACCGCACAGUCCUACGUGUCUAGGAGGGCACCGUCCCACGUGUCGAGGAAGGCAGAGUCGACCGUCGCAUCUUUCAUGUACUCCGUGGCACCGGAUCUCUACGGCACCAGCGUGGAAUAGGCAGCAAGGAAAGGAAGAGUUUCGAUGAAACGCACCAUCUGCAUAAUUUCAACCGCACGUCUUGCAGUCUUAACAAGGAUUAUUGAAUUUUUGCUUGUGGUGCAUGUUGCCCCCUUCCCCCCCCCCAACCACUAUUUUUUUCUUCUUACCUCAGGUGUCAUAAAGCUUCACUUUGGAAUAAUUUCUAG